AUUUGCGAACACUGCUUACAUUAUUGUAUGAGGUUAACGCGCUCUCAGGCUGUGCUCACCAUCGUAAACAGAGGACGUGUGCGUGCAUUGAAGCUGUAUUUGUGCUUACAGCUCGCUAUUUUCCGAUUGAAGACUUCCAACUUAUCAACAGAUAAACAUCAAAAGUUAACAAAGGAACUCAAGACUUAAAGUAGGAUUUAAAAACAUCUCUGACGGAUAUGUAAUGCUUUACUGCGGAUCGCCAUGGCAUUCCCUGUAAAUUGUAAACCGAACGAGAUUAACUUGCGGUUUCGAAAGUUUAAAACCUGACUUUCCAAUAGUGAAAGCUCAGCAUGGAUCGUCAGACUCGGAUAUUUGACACGGAUAUUUGCAUUUUUAAAGUCCUGUCGAUUGCUGUGAUUAUGUGGCAGAGACAGAGAUACAGCAAACCUUACCGUACCGAAUGUAUUUAACUCGGAUAAAGACAUGGGUCGACAAGUGGUUUUCCUGUCAGGAUUGAUUUGUCUUUGUGUGACACGAUGCUGCCCAUCCAGACUCUGCGACAAUGGCAAGACAAAUUUGGUCACGGACCUACCAGGACCUGAAGAGCUUCUCUGUCAAGAGCUCUGGCCACAGUCUCAGCUGAAUGUUCCUGAUAUUGACACAAUUCACACUGUUGGGGCAUCUGAUUACAUUUGUAUGGACACACCUAUUAAAUACAAUGAGAGCUUACCCACCCAUGGGGAUUAUCGGCCUGUAGAGGCAGAGAGUGGAGAGUACAUCUACUGCCCUCCUCAACGCUGGCUAAACAACCUCAAAAAUGGAGGCCUGGUGUUUCUGUAUCACCCGUGUGUCUCAGCGGAAGCUCGCAGGAGUCUGGCAGUGUUGGCGCACUCAUGUCUGUCUCAUUACAUCCUCACACCUAACCCGUGGCUCAGCCAACACAGACCUUUAGCUGUGGUCUCCUGGGGUCGCUCACUAGAGAUGACUCGUAUCACACUUAGAGUUUGCGAUUGGCUGCUUUCUAUUUCUCCUAAUAUUACUCCAGUCAGUACAAGCCACGGAGCAAAGUACAAUCUGUAUUUGACAAAACCAGCUGUGCACAAAGCAGUGAACACCAGCCAAGAGAUGUCCAGAGUGGAGAGAUUAAAGUCUCUGAAAAGCUGCUGCAUGGGGAUUCUCAGUCUCAAAGGAGAACGGAGAACCAGAAAGACCAGGAUGGUCCUCAAGCAAGCCUCAGAGGAUGCGGAACGGAAAGAAAACGUCAAACUUAUCAGCACAGACAAUGCAAAACUGAACCAUACAGACACACUCUCACAAAAUAAUACAAUACAAACUGUUACACAACCUCACGGUUCAGCCAAGGACUCUGAGCAACGUGAAGAAAGUGCUAACAAUCACACAAAAACAACUGAACAACAGUUAAACAAAGUCACUGAAAGACAAAAAUACCCAACAGACAGAAAAACGCACAAGAAAACAGAAGGUAAGAAGCAUCGCAUUAAGACUGACACGAAGGCACAGACGUCUGAAUCUGAAUGCGGUGAGUUUGGACAGUGUGGCGUCCCGGACUCUAAUCAUAUAGAGGGGUCGAUAAGGGGAGAAAGAAUUCCCAUUCCUCGUACGGAUGAGGCUGUGUGGGCAGCAGGAGCGGUGGGUUUCAUCUUAGUGCUUCUCACUCUGUCUGUGCUCCACACGCGCCUCUAUCGCCACUGUCAGCCCUCCACCAGCCUCUACUGGCACGACAACCAGCAAGACUAUGACAAUGUGGGUGACAUCAUCCGGCGCAGGCUGAGGAAGUUUGGACGGAGGAGGAAAAGGAGCAGUUUGAGCAGGAGGCCAGAAUGUCCAUUGCUGUCCAACUCCAGCAAUGAUGAGAACUCUGACUGACUCUGACAGUACUGUUGAAGUUCAUAAAUCAAUGAUGAAGAACUUUAGUGUCUUUGUACGCACAUGGCAACACUUCGAAAGACAAUUGCUCUCUGGUACCUCAUAGAUUGAUAGUAACUGUUUAGAUUUCUACAAUAUUUUUGCCAUUCAGUAUCAAACCCCCUUUAAAACAUUGCCUAUAUUGGGUGUUUUGUUGCGUAGUAGGAUAUUGGUAAAGUGGAAAUAGAUGUAACAGUCUUAAGCAUGGUGAUGUAUCUGAAUGUAACGAUUAUUAUUGAAGGAGAUCAAAGAGCAGGGACAGUUUUUUAAAUUGUAUUUUAUAUGAGUUGCAGUAGAUUUUAAGAUGUAGAGCUUGCAGAGUAAAUCCAACACACCUCCAGCAUCAUGGUGUGUGUUUCUUACUCUAUAGCUCCAUCUGUUGGUAAGCAUGACUAGUUUAUGUGUCACAUGACUUGACACAAGGAGAUGGCAGCAGAGAGCUCUUUAGUUCCACUGGCAUGUUUUCAACAGUUUGAUUAUGUAACUGUGUUGCACUAAAGUUUACCUCAUGCUUUUCUUCCAAAGUGUAUCGAUCAGAUCCAUAGCAAGUAAGCAUGGGGUAAAUAAAUAUUUUAAAGGGAUAGUUCACUCAAAAACAAAAGUUCAGGUAACUGUGAAAUAAUUACACUUUUGUUUCAA